GGCGUAGUCGUAGCCGGAAUCUGCAAUAACAGUUUCGCACCGGGAGCGCAAAUUAGUCAGCUGAGUCGAAGCCAUUAGUCGCAGCGAUGCAGCGAUGCGAUCUUCCCGGAGAUCGGCAGAUAACCCGUCCGUUCGUAGGUCGCUGUAUUACAGCGAAAAAUUUGUUGUUGCUACUAUAGGGCUAUUAAGCCGUAGACGUCCAUAGUUUGACGUGACCACUCUGACGCAGAGCCUUCAGGCAACGGUGUCGUGAUGCAGGCUAAUUUGUUAGAAACAAAAAUAUAUUUUUAACGGUCGAUUGUUCGGCGGUGCUGCCAUCCUGCAAAACUCUUCGGACCACAACUUGUGAUCGAUAGACGGCUGCUUCCAUCACUAGAUCGAUAAGUGACUGUCGCAGUUGUAUAUAUUUUGUUAUUGUUUACAUUUGGCAUUGCAACUAUGGAUCCGGCAAUUAUUGAGUUUAUUGGUGAAAAGUGCAUGAUCAGCAUCAUUCCAAACUUUUCCAACGAGCCGCUGCAUCUUAUCUACGGCUCUGUUGGGCCUUUCCGGGCGGGCUUCCCGGUUUUCGUGCCCCUAUGGAUGGCGACGCACCUGCGCAAGCAACAGAAGUGCCGAAUUGUGCCUCCAGAAUGGAUGGAUAUGGAUAUACUUGAGGAUAUAAAGGAGGAGGAGAAACGGUCCAAAUUUUUCACAAAAAUGCCAUGCGAGCACUACAUGGUGGUGGCCCAGUUGGUGAUGAGUACGGCUCCUGAUGAUGUGCCCCGCUGCGAGGAGCUGCGCACCCUAAUCAAGGACAUCUUCGAUAUUCGCGAGUCCAAGCUUCGCACUUCAAUCGACGCCUUCAUCAAGGGAGAGGGCACGUAUGCUAAGCUGGACAAUCUAACGCUGUUGGAGAUCCACAGCGUGCGCCCCAUAUUGCCAUAUUCUCUAGACCACAUAGCGCGCUACCAGCGCACGGCAACCGCUUCCCAGAGGGAUACUUCUAUGCUGAGUGCCUCGAUUGCGGGCUCCAGCUCUGGUCCGACUAGCAAUUCUCUCUUUUCUCAGUAAUUUAUUAAAUAAAAAAACAUCUGAAAAUUA